AUGAAGUACAACUACCAUGUACCAGUGUCAUCGUACACCCGCAGUUCUCAGUACACACCAACAUACCACACACCAACUCUUUAUACUCCUUCACAUUACACACCAACAAGCUACACACCCACAUACUCUUCAGUAACGAAGUACACUCCGACACAGUACAGCUCCACACAUUACACACCCUCUCUUUACACAUCUACCUACAAGUCAACAUCCACGUAUGUCCCUUCAUACACCAAAGCAUCACGGUACACUUCGACACAGCGCACACAAGCACAGGAAAAACCUGCACCUGUGGUAGAUGUCACACCUGCAAAGAGGACUGUGCACUUCCCAAAUGACAUCAUCUUCCAGGAUAUCGUUAGACGUGGGGAUAUGGAGCAGAUUGGUCGCUUCAUGAGGGCGAGGAAGGUCCGUGUGGAUACUAUCUUUCACUCAGGUGAGCAUAGCUUUAAAAUUUAAAAAUUUUAAUAUUAAAUUCUGAAAAAAUUCUAACCUAUGAGGAUAAAGGCUGUAAUAGUAGCUUGAAUUGAUUUUUCAGUUGUUGCAAAGCUCUGAUAUAUCCUUAUUUUGUAGGUAUGGCAGCGCUUCAUGAAGCCGUGCUCACAGGAAACCUGGAGGUGGUCAAGUUGCUGGUGAAAUAUGGCGCUGACGUUCACCAGAGGGAUGAAGAUGGCUGGACACCACUUCACAUGGCUUGCAGUGAUGGCUACCCCGACAUUGCAAGGUAAAACAUGACCCCUCAACCUUUAAGUCUUCACUGAACAUAUCUUUUGAAAUUCUUUAUUUUACACAGAAUACAACGUGAAGAUUGUGACAUCUGAAGGUUUUUUUUCCCCCAUUUUUCAAAAUACAUAACAGAUAGAACACAUGAAAAAAGGACAUUUUGGAUGAAAGGCAGGUGCUCUAAUAUCCCAUGUGUUAAAGCUAAGGUCACCAACCUACAAUGGCUUUCCUUAGACAAGGCACAGAUGAUGUAAGAAUUCAGCCUCCAAACAGUUCUUAGUUUUGGUAUAAAAAAAAUCGAGAAUUGGAGCAAUAUUGUUAUAACUGACAAUGCUAUACAAUACCAAAAGAUUUGAAACAAUACAAUGACAAACAUCAAUACAAUCCUGAGCAACACGAUACAUUACAUUACAACAUGAUUCAAUACGAUACAAUUUGUAAUAUGAUACAUAAAAUGAUACUUUAAAAUACAACAUGAUAUCAUAGUAUGGUACAAAAUAAUGCAACAUGAUAUGAUGCUGUAUGAUACAAUACUACACAAACAAUAUGAUGCCAAAUGAUAUGAUACAAUAAAGAAUAACAGUAAAUGAUACAGUACAAUAAGAUACGGCGGGGUAUGAUACAUAAUAUAAUACGAUACAAUAUGAUGUAAUAUGAUACAAAAUAACGUCAUACGAUACAACACAGUAUGACUCAUAUUAUUCAAUACAAUACAGUAGGAUACAGUAGGAUACAACAAGAUAUGAUAUGAUACAAUGCCAUACAAUAUAACACAGUGUUAUACAUAUGAUAUGAUCAGCAUAGCAUUUAGCAAACAAGACUAAGAAGAAAUAGGAUAUUAUAUUUAAAAUCUAUCCGGAAGCUAAUACACCUUCACCCUCAGAGGGCGUGUUUUUAUUGAAUGAGGGGCUGUUUCAUUACCAAUGUGUCUUCACUGGCCAGAUGGUGAGCAUGUACAACAUGACAUAAUAUUGAAGGAUACAAUAGGAUAAUGUACACUUUACUGCAAUCUGAAAUGAUACAAUUCAAUGCAGUAUUUCAAUAAAUAAGGCAAGAGUGAUUAAGUAUGAUAGGAUGUGAUACAAAACAACUUUAUACGAUACAUUGUGGUGAUGUGGUGAUAUGAUAUGAUAAUAUUUGAUGCACUUUAUGGUCACCUCUGGGAAACCUCAAGUGUUGUACAUGGUUAGGCAGCCACCACAGUGUAAAAUAAACGAAAAAGAACAAAAUAAAGAAAAAGGAUGAAUUUAGAAGGGUGCUUUAAAGAGAAUGAUACCUAUGACAAUACUACCACCAACAUUUGAAAGUUCCACUAUUUUAUAACUUAAAACAGAAAGGAAUUUGAAAUUGCAGCAGCUGAUGGUUGUUGGUGGACAAAGAUAGCUAUGUUGUGUUUUUCCCUCUUCUCAGGUUCCUGCUAAGGAUGGGAGCCAGCACAGAGACUGAGAACGAAAACGGAGAGAAGCCCGCAGAUCUCAUUGACCCGGACUGCAAAGAGCUGCUCAAGCUGUUCGAAGUUGGCUGUGUGUGA